AUGGUGUGGAGAACCUGGUUGAUGAUGGUGUGGAUGACACAGAGACUCAGGUCCCAAACACUUAGGAAACAGACACUCAGGUACCAAUUUUUGGAACUUUUUUUUUAUGUCUUGAUUUUUUAUUGUUUUUGUUUUGUGAUAUUUGUUACAUUGUGGAAUUAUCGUAUGCUUACCGUAUUUUUUUGGUAUAUAUUUUUUCAGGCCACUGGUUCAGAACCUCAGCCCAGUGCACCAUCUUCAUCAGGCGUUCGGGGUGCCGAGUACACUGAUUUAGUGGCGAGGUUGGAUAGGAUCGAGGCUGACACUCAGGGUCUGUAUGCUGCUCAUGUCGAGCUGAAGAAGGCAUACGAGACCAGCCAUGUAGAGCUGAAGGGUGGUCAGAACGUAAUUAUGGAGCAGCUCAGAGACAUAUUGGCCAUGUUGAAUCGUCCGCCAACGACAGCUUCAGCACCGGAGGCCCCAGCAGAUUCAUCUACCCCACCACCAGCUGCUUCACCCCCAGUAGAAGAGGAGGAGGUCUUCCCCGACGGGUACGAUCCUUAUGAGGGAGCUCCAGCGACUCCGAUCGAGGCACAACCUGUUAUCCAUGUACAUGACACCGAGUCGCAGGGUGAGAUUCUGUCAAUAGAGGCACAACCUGCAGUGGUUAAGAGUCAGAAGAGGAAGAGAAAUCCUCCUGUAUGGUUCGGUGACUAUACGGAGAUGAAGAGGAGACAUAGGACAUCUUCGACGUUUGAUCCCCUGGAGCCACCGGAUGAGAAAUUGUUAACCACUUUCCGAAAGUGGUGUGUUGGACUCAUUCCGAACCACCGACUUCGGGAUUUGAGAAGUGGUGAUUACGGUCCAUCAUUCUUUUGGAUAAUGCUCACACCAAAGGAAUGGCUUACAGAUGACCAUAUAGAUGCAGCAAUGCAUAUGCUGAGGAGGCGACGCACCGACUAUCCACUGACAUUUCCUCAGAAGGGUGUCAUUCUCUCCACAUUCGUGACCACCAUGAUCAGCAGUGCAUGGACGAGCCACAAGGGUCCGAGGAGAAACUUUGUAUGGGAGGAUUAUAUCCUGGACUACUGCAGAGAGGUUCAUAAGGUAUUGUUUUAGUAAGAUUUUAAAUGUUAAUUGUUUGGGAGGAUUAUUAUGGUUUGUUAAUUGUUUCGUUGUUCUAUGUAAUUACAGUCCCAAGUCUUUGAGAGAUGGAGGGGUAACGAGUUUAUUUACUUCGUUCUGCAUCUUCCCGAGGCAAGGCACUGGGUCACACUUGAAGUCGACAUAGAGCUGUGGAAAAUUAAUGUCUACGAUUGUGAUUCCAGCGUCUUUCAUUGGACCGCCAUGGAACCCAUCCUGAAGACUUGGGGAGAACUGCUGCCCUCGCUAAUCCUUGCAACCGGAGAAUUUUCACGUAACAACCAGAUCAUGGCGUUAACUAACAGGGACAUCACGGUGCUUCCAAAAAUGCACUUGACUCGAGCCACUCUCGACUUAGUUCCGAAGUCAACAACCAGGUACAUAGCGAUAAAAAAGUACUAUAGUAUUAAAAUAUGUUUUACGUUAGACUGACUUUACAUUUUAUUUUACAUUUAGUGGUGAUUGUGGCGUCUAUUGCAUUGAGUAUGUGGAGCAUCUCAUGAUGCAACGUGGAUUGACCGAUGUGACGCCAGGCCGAAUAGCUAUAUUUCGUCAACGGUGGUAUGUUGAUUUAUUUUACCAAAAUGUUGGCUGAUUAUAUGUGUAAUUAUUGGGAUAUUGUAUAUUUUGUGUAAUUAACAUUACAGUUAUGUAUAUAUAGACU